AUGGAAGGUACGAGUCAACAGAGCCUCGAUCAAUUCGCUUCUAUUUCAUCUCCUGGUGACAGCGCUGUUGAGCUGCAUAUGUUGACUGAACAGACCUUGGAUUUGCUCCCCAAUGGUUAUGGCAAUGGCACUGGUAACCGGGAUGAACAUUCUAACUAUGUUAAUUCCAACAACUUGCAUGUCUUACCUAUGGCAAUGUACAAUGAUAAUGCAUCACUUUACUAUCCUCCUGGCUAUGGCUUUGAUUCCCAGAUUGCAUAUGGACAGUUUUCUCCCCUUCCUAAUCCUCUAUCUCCUAUGAUGGUCGACAACCAUCUGUUCUCGCCACACCAAAUGCCUAUGUCUCCGUCAUACUAUCCUCCACCAAUUUCCCCUGGCCUGCCACAUGUCACUUCGGCACUUCCAGUUGCACAGCCGGAAUUGGUUCCAUCAGCAAGUAGUGGGCAAGAAAAUCUGAAUGAAAAUGCAGCUUUUGGGCCAGGAUCAGGUUACUAUUUACCUUUUGGAUCUUUUGGUGGAGAUAUAUCUGGAAGUAGUGGGAUCGGUCUUUACAAUAUUUCUAGCGAGUUUGGAUCUGGUGAACCAUUUCCAAAUCAUCCUAGUGCCAUAGAAACUAGCAGGCUCAUGUCUCCAUUGACUUCUGGUACUGUAUAUCCUCACCCAGUUGGUAUACUUGGGGCAUACGAGCAAAAUGUUGCACAGGCUCCCAUUCAAGGUUUUGGAUUGAUGUCAAAUUCCUCAUCUAGACAUUAUCCGCAUGUUGGCUCUUAUCAAAGCACUGGUGGGUACACUUCCAACCGGAAUAGGUUUGCCACUGACAAAGGCAGAAGACAUGAAGGGGAUCAGGACUCUGCCGGUAUUUCAACUGAUUUGCUGGGUUUCUCAACAGAUCGUAACCGCGGACCAAGGGCUUCAAAGACAAGAGGAAAGAGUUCCUCAGAAUUGGGCUCAUCAUCUCGCAUUAAUAAUGACGUAAAUUCUACUUCUGGGUUUCACAUUGAUCAGUUCAAUUCCCCAGAUUUCAUCACUGAUUAUGAAAAGGCCAAGUUUUUUGUUAUCAAGUCUUUCAGUGAAGAUAAUAUUCACAAAAGUAUUAAAUACAGUAUUUGGGCUAGCACACCUCUUGGAAACAGGAAACUUGAUGCUGCCUAUCACGAAGCAAAAGAAAUGAAAGGCACUUGUCCGGUCUUCCUGUUUUUCUCAGUUAAUGCUAGUGGACAGUUUUGUGGAGUAGCCGAGAUGGUUGGACCAGUUGAUUUUGAGAAUGAUGCUGACUACUGGCAGCAGGAUAGGUGGAUUGGGCAGUUCCCUGUCAAAUGGCAUAUUAUAAAAGAUGUACCCAACACUCAAUUCCGCCACAUACUUAUUGAAAAUAAUGAUAACAAGCCUGUUACUCACAGUCGAGAUUCUCAAGAGGUGAAACUUGAACAAGGACUCGAAUUAUUGAAAAUAUUCAAGAAUCAUGAUGCUGAAACAUCCCUUCUUGAUGAUUUCAACUUCUAUGAUGAGCGAGAGAAAUCCUUGCUGGCGAGGAAGGCUAAGCAGCGAGCCAAUUUAACUGGAAAUACAGCAUCUCUUGCUGCGGAAUCAAUAUAUUAA